AAGGAAGAUGCUCCGAUGAUGUCAGACGGUCGCCGCCACGUCAACGGCAACUCCAGGUCUGACAAAAAAUCUGCAGACGACCAGCCACGAUGUAGGAUCAGCAUCCGGGACCUGCGCUGGUUCAUGACCUUUCUCUGUCUGAUCAACUUUGCAGAGGGCAUACACAACGGGAUAUUUGCCGGCUCGGUGACCAGCGUUCAGCGGCGCUUCCAGAUGAGCAGCGCGACCAUGGGCCAGAUCCUCAGUAUCGGGGAGAUCGGGAGGAUCACGUCACUUCUCCUCGUCACGUACUUAAAGUUCGGUAGUCACGGCAACCGCCCGAGAAUCAUCGGCAUUUCCGGCGUGGUUAUGGCCGUUUCGACCUUCAUGGCGGCCCUGCCACAUUUUCUGAUGGACCGUUACCGUUAUGACGACAGCAGCAAUGGCGGCAACUUUACCGACAGCGGCGUGUGCCACGCUGGGAACGAGAGUAGUGUGAGCAUGCGCAGUGAGUCUGAUUCCUGCGCUGAUGACGAGGCUGCGACCAUGAGCGGCAUGACGUCAUUGUUCCUGGUCUCCAGGGUGAUGAGCAAGUUGGGGUCCAGCGCCACCUCCACGCUCGGCUACCCGUACUUAGACGACCACCUGCCUCCGGCAACCACAGGACUUUGGGUUGGGAUAAACAUCUGUAUGUUGGUGAUCGCGCCUGUUGCUGGGUUCAUCAUCAGUGGUGCGUUUCUGAACAUGUACGUGGAUAUUGGAUGGGUUGACCUCUCUACGGUGACUAUCACUCCCAGGGAUCCUCGGUGGGUCGGAGCGUGGUGGGCGGGGUUCCUCGUCUGCUCCGCCGCCUUCUGUUUGGUCAGCGUCCCCUCUUCAUGGAUCCCGUUAGCCCUGAAGCGGCUACUUCUGAACGGUGUGUACAUGGGUGUGGUGUUCUGUGUGGUGAGCGAGCUCAGCGCUGGACAUGGACUAGCCACGUUCAAAGCCAAGUUCAUGGAAGUACAGUAUAGCCUGACAGCCUCACAGGCUAACUUCUUAGUAGGUGCGGGCAUGGUGACAGGAUCGGCCGUUGGGUUACUCCUAGGCGGUUAUCUGGUGAAGAAGUUUAAUUGGACAACCGUUGGCUGUAUCAACUUCUUCGUGGUGGUUGAGAUCAUGGCCCUGGUCUUGUACUCUUCACUCUACGCUUUCGCCUGCGACAGUCUACAAAUGCCAGGGGUCACAGUUCCGUAUUGGAGGUGGGUAAAACUACAACUAGAGGGCAUCACGAAUUUCUCUAAUGACACUAACAACAACGCCAUUCUCACCCUCAACUCGUCUUGCAACGUUGACUGCGCAUGCUCAGAGACGUCCUUUACCCCAGUCUGUGGUGCCGACUGGAAGACGUACUUCUCGCCGUGCAUGGCGGGAUGUAAGGAGACAUCCGGGCCCGGGAACUUCAGCAGCUGCAGCUGUAUACCUCUUGAUGUAGUCGCCACGCCGGGACAGUGUCUGUCUGCCUGUUCAGCCAAGUCCAUUCAUUACAUGGUGGUCACAGCUUUUAUCGCUGUCCUGACCGGAAUGGGACACACUCCAGGAGUUAUCAUCGUAUUGAGGUCUGUGAAGAAGGCAGACAAGACGUAUGCCCUGGGGCUACAAAAUCUCUUCACGGAACUUCUCGCCGCCAUCCCAGCUCCCAUUUACUUUGGCGUCGCCAUUGACAACGCCUGCCUGUUAUGGCAGUCCGUUUGCGGAAGCCGCGGUGCAUGCUGGGUAUAUGAUACCGCCAGCUUCCGGAACAUUUUCAUUGGGAUGGUUACAGGUAUCAAAGGCCUGACCAUCAUCUUCCUCGUGAUAUCUCUGUUCUUCGCGCAUCGCGGGAGGAGGCGGGGUACGCUGGCGGACUAUGGUGACGAUGGCGCCGAGGGAGAGCCUGACAUCGCCGCGGCGGCCUCCAUGGCUUCCCUCAACGUAGGGACGUCACCGUUAGAUUUUGGCUAUAGGGAAUUCGUGGAAGAACACGAAACAUCGCUUUAGACAUGUUUCAUUUGAAGAUGAUGUAUUAGCUUACCUAACACAGUGUGAGUUACUGCUCCUUGGCUUCAUCAGCUGCUUCCUUCUGUCCUCGUGGGUUUCGCCCCCUAUAGCAGGACCCACUCAGGAAGGCGGGGCAGCAGUGCUGGCCAAACACUGCUAGCCAAGGUUCUUCGGGAUCCACUCUCCAUCUGUGCUCUUGACCCAGAGCCAUCGGGAUGCUCUCUCUGCCUCCUCUGCGACUCUCUUUGUCACUUCCCUCCUUCUUCUGCCCUUCACCCCUACCGCUCCUAACAUCCUCCAUGUUGACUGGCAGAUGAAACCUCUCGUUCCCACCUCCACGGGGAAGCACAUCGCUCUCCAUCCCUUGUCUUUACAUGACUGCACUAGGUCUCGGUACUUUAGUGCCUUCCUCUCAUGUGCCUCUUCUACUCUUUCCUCCCAUGGGACUGUAAGUUCAAUCAUGGUCACUUUCUUUGCCUGCCUUGACCACAGAACCAUGUCUGGUCUGAGGUUUGUUGCC